GGCGGCCGCGCGCUGUAUAAAUCCGCGGCCCCGCAGCGCGAGAAACCCUUCACCGCAGAAACCCUAGAGCUCACCCUAGCGCGCCGCCGCCGCAGCCAUCUCCGCCGCCGCUCGUCGGGCUCUCUCCAUCUCCCAUCCAGGAUGAAGUUCAUUUCUGCCUAUCUGAUGGCCUAUCUGGCUGGCAACUCCAGCCCCACUGCGGAGGAUUUGACAACGAUUCUGGAGUCAGUUGGUUGUGAAAUCGACAAUGCAAAGAUGGAACUCCUGUUGUCUCAAGUGAGUGGCAAGGACAUCACUGAGCUCAUCGCUUGUGGCAGGGAGAAGUUUGCUUCAGUUCCAUCUGGUGGUGGUGGUGUAGCUGUUGCUGCUGCUGCUCCUGCUGCCGGUGGUGCUGGUGGUGCUCCUGCAGCUGAGGCGAAGAAAGAAGAUAAGGUCGAAGAGAAGGAAGAAAGUGAUGAUGACAUGGGCUUCAGUUUGUUUGACUGAGUGAUGCGGUCACCUCUUCUAUCAUCAAUACCAGACUUUGCGCAGGAAACUAGAGUGAUGAUGUUUGGGAUUUUAGCUUUUCUUCUUUAGUUAAGUUGAAAACACUUGAGGAAAGACUAUGCUUCCUACUAUGUUUUGAUAUGUAGUAACGCAGCCAUAGGUUGCUGGUUACUUCACUGGUGAACCAUGCUUUUGCUAUCAAAAUUCAAUGCUUAAUGGAGGAUGAAUUGUGCUCGGCAGUAGUUUUUAGCUGUGUUCAA